AUGCAGGAAGAGGACAUACAGCGGGCACUCGCCCAAAUCUCAACCGGAGACACAGCCGAAGCGGUGCUCCUUUUGGCCCUGGCCAAACUCAAGCAGAUCAAAGCCACUGAGUGGAAGCAAGGCACGACGGCGGAGACGAAGCAAAAGGCAGUGCAGGUGCUUUCCGGCGCCGUGGCCAAUGAGGAGUACCGGCUCCUCUUGCAGGCCCACGCCGCAGCAGCCUUGGCACCCAUCAUGGAACAGGGAGCGAGCGCGCUUGUGCUGAGCGAGGCAGUGAUCGAGCACCUGUUGCGCCGGAUCGCCGACGUGACGCCACAGCCGGACCUGGACUACGCACAGAAGAAGUUCUUGCGGGUGCUGGCCCACUCUGUCAAAGUGAAGGCCACGUGCGAUCACGUGGCGAACAAGGACGGAAUCGAGGUCGUGGCCGGCUUCCUCCGCCGCACGCCGCUGGCCGAGUCCAAGCGCCAGCGGCUGCGAUGGGCGACCUCGUGCCUGUGGAUCAUGGCCACCGAUCUGACGCGCACCCUGGCGCUGGCCAGUUGCGACCUCAUCCCGGUCAUAUGCGACAUCUUUCAGGACUACAUCGACACCUACGCGCGCUCAAACUUUUCUUCGCGCUUCCUCUCCGAAGCACUGAUGAGCAUGGCCCAACACGAGGUCACGCUGAUGGAGGUCAUCCGAGAGGAAUGCCUGCCCACGGUCUGGCGCUAUCUACUCUACCACGCCAGGUGCAAGACCGAAUUCCCCAAACGCCCGGAUGUGCUCAAGGUCUACCACCCCAGAGUGACGAAGCUGAGAGCUCGAGUGAAGAGCCUGGUGUGCUGCUCGGUGCGCGGUAAAGACGGACACGGCUUCAAGCCCCUGCUCGCAUUGACCUUCAUGUUCAUGGACAAGGCCGAAAAGCGACAGUUCUUCAUCGACGCCGAUGGCCUCUCCCUCUUCUUCAAGGAGCUCCAGGAGAACAAGGACAGUGCGCUCACGAUUCUGACCGCCUUCAACUGCCUCGUGUUUGGAGUUGAGCAAAUCUACAGUGGGACUGCAGUCGUUCCGCCUGCCAUACCCGAGCCGCAACCCGACACCACCGCCAUCUCGACGACGACGGCGCACCUCCCCGAGUACCUCGCUCCGAUUCGCCGCACGGUGGUUCAAUUGGGCUCGUUCGCCGUGUGGCGCGACGACAAGUCGCUUCACGACGUCACCUUCUCCUUCCCCUACCGAGGUGCGAGAGAGAGAGAGAGAGACAAUCAGACGGUGACGGCGCACAAGCUGUUGUUGGCGGGUCGAUCGGCGGUGUUCAAGGCCAUGUUCACGCUCGGUAUGCGCGAGGCCCAGCGUACGUCCGACGCGCUGCUCACGAUCCCCAUCCCCAACAUGUCGCCGGCCACCUUCAACCUGCUGCUCGACUUUGUCUACGGCGUCCACCUCGAGGCGGCGGCUCCUCCAGCUCAGCCCGGGACACCCCCGCUGCGGCCGGCAGCGCGAGUGGGCCGAGCUCGGCGCCGGCUGGUGGCGGGCAGCCAGGGCAGCGGCCGCUGUUCGCCAACAGCAGCGCGCUGGACGCGGCCGUGGCGUGGCUCGAGCGAUCGGGCGUGGGUCAAGACGGGGCGAGCGCGCUGA